CGUAUAACGUGGACAGAGUCCGAUGAGUAAAUAUCAAAGUUUAAACACACCUUAUACAGAUUAGUGCACCGUAGCAGUUUCACUGACACAAAUUGCAAGAAGAGAAUGGAGUACAACGUCAGCUUCGCGGGAACCUGCAAUGGGGACCUUCUGGGGCCGACCAUAGCCAGCAUAUGUAACGUCACCUCGUACUAUUUCUUCAUGACAAUUCUAGAGACAUUGGUGAGAAAAAAUCAAGGAAUCGCUCAAACCUGCGAACGCAUCAUACCUAUCAAUACCAUAGAUGCCGAGUAUGACUUUAUCAUAGUGGGGGGUGGAACAGCCGGGUCCGUUAUCGCUGCAAGACUGAGUGAGAAUCCCUCGUGGAAAGUUCUUCUUAUGGAGGCAGGCCCGGAUGAACUAGCAAGUGCAUCCGUCCCUGGAUUUUUUGGUUCUAUAUCCCAAUCAUCUCUCGAGUGGGGAUACCGGUCGCAGAACGAGAGUUUCGCCUGUCUCGGUACAAAUAGUAGCUGUUUGAUAUCUGCAGCCAAAAUGCUCGGUGGAGGGAUGGCGCACAAUGCAUUGAUAUACCUACGCGGGAGCCCUAUGAUAUUCGAUCAAUGGGCUGCAAUGGGUAACGAGGGAUGGUCGUGGGAAGAAGUAUUACCAUUUUUUAAGAAAUGCGAAAACAACGGCAAUAUCGAUAUUGUUGGUCGAAAGUAUCACGGCACGGAUGGGCCGCUUUUCGUCGAAAGAGCUCCGACCCUACCACCGUUUGCAAACGUAAUACUCCAAGCGGCCAAGGAGGCGGGUUACGGCGUCACCGACGACCUCAACCACUUGGACAGUAUCGGCUUCGGUAUAACCCAAACAACGAGCCACCGCGGUGCAAGACGCAGCAGCGCUGCGGCGUAUCUGCGGCCAAUCAGACACCGCAAGAACCUCCACAUAACUCUGAACACCACCUGUACGAGAGUCAUAAUCGAGAAUCGAAAGGCCGUUGGCGUCGAAUAUUACAAGAACGGUAAAUUCUACACGGUACGCGCAUCCAAGGAAGUCAUCAUCUCCGCAGGUGCCGUUGGGUCUCCCCAUCUUCUACUGCUCUCUGGAGUUGGGCCUGAAAAAGAUUUGACAUCCGUGGGAAUCAAUGUGGUCGAAAAUUUACCCGGAGUCGGCAUGAAUUUCCAUGAUCAUGCCAUAUACCCGAUUGACUUUACCAUGAACGAGCCUGAUGUCUACGACAACAACUGGGAUGCUCUUGCUGAGUAUAUCACUUUCCAAACUGGACCCUUGUCUAAUACCGGACUCACUCAAGUGAUCGGCGCCCUACCAUCUGGAAUCUCGUCUCCCAACCUUCCGGACAUUCAUGUAAUCGGCGCAGGUUAUGAUGCCACUUGCGCUCCCGGUAAUGUAGGUGCCCUUCAGAGUGAUGGUAAACGCGGAUUUGGGUUUUCGGCCGGUUACGAGCAUCCGAAAUGUAGAGGAAAAGUAAGUCUAGUUUCACCGGAUCCUUUUGUGCAUCCUUCAAUCUGGGUGAAUUAUCUCUGCCAUCCUGACGACGUUGCUGGGCUUGUAAAAAGCAUCGAGUACACCUUGGCAUUGGCUGAUACACCGGCUUUUAAAGCCUACAACGUGACUUUUUCCGCAACACCUUUCGAGCCCUGCUCAAAACACGCUUUUCCGAGCAAAAAAUACUUUGAGUGCGCAGUUCAUUACAAUGCUUCUACGGAAUACCACCUUGCAGGCUCUUGCAAAAUGGGUCCAUCAUCGGAUCCACUUGCAGUUGUUAACCCUCGGCUUCGAGUCCACAGAAUACAUGGACUACGCGUUGCUGACGCAUCUAUUAUGCCGCAGGUAAGUAUCGAGAUGACGUACUUCGAUCCAUUCGUCGAUUCUAGGACGAAAUAG